CUUUCUUCUAGGGCCUCCUCUGGCCUCAGAUCCUAGGCGAGCUUUGAGACGGAGAUUGGACCAGGCUUUGGCGGCUAGUGGCGCCGCAAAACUCCGAAUUCCCCGUAGCAACUCCUGAACGGUGUUGUCACGCAGUGGGAGGAGCGGCGGAGGAAAGGUGCAUCAACAGAGAGACACCGGAGAGGGCCUAGAGCCUUCUCAAAGAAGAAUGGAGGAAAAUAUGAAGCUUGCUACAGUGGAAGACACUGUGGAAUACUGCCUGUUCCUCAUACCAAAUGAACCAAGGAACCCAGAAAAACACAAGGAGAUUCUUCUGAAGUAUAUUGAGAGAAUAAUGACCCAUUUUGCACCCAUACUGGUCCCGUAUAUCUGGCAGAAUCAACCUUUCAAUCUCAAAUACAAACCUGAGAAAGGAGACGUUCCUGCCCAUAUGUUUGGCAUGACAAAGUUUGGGGAUAACAUUGAGGAUGAAUGGUUUAUUGUCUAUGUAAUGAAACAGAUUACAGAGGAAUUCCCAGAGUUAGUAGCAAGGAUUGAAGACAAUGAUGGUGAAUUCUUGUUGAUAGAAGCGGCUGACUUUCUUCCUAAAUGGUUAGAUCCUGAUAACAGUACCAAUAGGGUAUUUUUCCACCAUGGGGAGUUGUGCAUUAUUCCAGCACCAAGGAAACCCAGAGCAAUAUCCUGGUUACCCACCACAACCCCAACAAUCCCACAAGCAUUGAAUAUAAUCUCAACACACCCAGAAAAGAUUUUGGCUUCAGAAUCUAUACGAGCUGCUGUGAAUAGGCGCAUCAGAGAGUACCCAGAAAAAAUUCAAGCCUCCCUUCAUCGAGCCCACUGCUUCCUUCCAGCUGGCAUUGCAGUAGUGCUAAAGCAGCGCCCCAGAUUGGUGGCUGCAGCAGUCCAGGCAUUUUACCUGCGGGACCCCUUUGACCUGCGAGCCUGUCGAGUUUUCAAAACAUUCUUACCUGACACACGAAUAAUGACAUCGGUCACCUUCACUAAGUGCCUGUAUGCACAGUUGGCACAACAAAGGUUUGUACCAGACCGGCGGAGUGGAUACCAGCUGCCUCCUCCAUCUCAUCCCCAGUACCGAGCCCAUGAAUUGGGCAUGAAAUUGGCUCAUGGAUUUGAGAUCUUGUGCUCCAAAAGUAGCCCACAUUUUUCUGACUCUAAGAAAUCCCUCGUUACUACUUCACCACUAUGGCCUGGCUUCCUUGACAGUCUGAAAAAGAAUGAUUACUUUAAGGGACUGAUAGAAGGCUCUGCUCAGUACCAAGAAAAGCUAGAAAUGGCAAAGAACUACUUCCAAGUCUCAGUAAACCAGCCAGAAAGCUCCCUUGCAAUGAGCCCAGGUGAAGAAAUCUUAACCUUAUUACAGACAACACCAUUUGACAUAGAAGACCUUAAGAAAGAAGAAGCUAAUCUUCCCCCCGAGGAUGAUGACCAGUGGUUAGAUCUCUCACCAGAUCAGCUGGAUCAGCUCCUGCAGGAAGCUGCUGGCAAAAAAGAGUCAGAGCUCAUUUCCAAGGGCGAAGAGCAGAACUAUGACUUAACUCAAGUCUCAGAGAGCAUGAAAGCUUUCAUAUCUAAAGUCUCAACCCACAAGGGAGCAGAACUACCUCGAGAACCUUCUGAGGCUCCAAUCACUUUUGACACAGAUGCUUUUCUUAACUAUUUUGAUAAGAUUUUAGGCCCAGGGCCUCAUGAAUCCGAUUCUGAUGAUCUGGAUGAGGAAGACUUUGAAUGUUUAGACAGUGAUGAUGACUUGGACCUUGAAACCCAAGAGCCUGGAGAAGAGGCAUCUCUGAAAGGAGCUCUUGAUAAUCUGAAGUCAUACAUGGCCCAGAUGGACCAGGAACUAGCACACACCAGCAUUGGCAAAAGUUUCACCACCCAGAAGCAAGUGGAACCUCUAUCCCAGGCUGCCGAUAACAAUUCAGAUGAGGAAGAUUCUGGUGCAGGAGAAUCUGUUAUGUCACCUGUGGAUGUAGACCUGAACCUGGUUUCAAAUAUAUUGGAAUCUUAUAGCUCUCAGGCUGGACUGGCAGGACCUGCUUCCAACCUUUUACAAAGCAUGGGAGUGCAGCUGCCUGACAAUACCGAUCACAGACCCUCAAGUAAGCCAACGAAACAUUAACCAGCACACCCAGCAUCUCUUUUUUCUUCUUAAAUAAAUAUUGAGUCUAAUUGUGUUCA